AUGAGUUUCGCUGGUCUCCAGCAGCGGCUGCAGAAGAAGGCAGCGCCAACAAAAACAACACCCCCAGAUACGACGACGCCUGUCCAUGAGGCUGACUAUAAACCCACGGUAUCCUCCAGCUCUAUCUAUGCCAUCGCCGCGAAGGAGGCGUGCGCAAACCACGCGGAACGCAAGCGGCCACGUUCCCCCUGCGAAGACGUCCAACCACCUUGUAGCAUCCCCACACGUGAUGGCGGCACACCCGCUACGCCGUCGCUUGAGAACCCGCCUGUAGAGAAGACAAAGCCAAAGAUCCUCUCGGAGACAGAUUUUCUUGCACGGCGACAGUUCGCUGAAGAGGUGGUGUCACGUUGCGCCAAGCAGAUGUCUCAGAUUGCAUCGUCCACGCCCACCUCUAGUUGCACGUCGAGUGGUAAUAAGGAAUUACGGGCGCACCGCAUAACCGCAUUGCCACUGCCGCUGUGUCGCUAUCUCGAGCAGAGGUUGCAACGCCCAUCCGCCGCCACUUGUGUGUCGACCGCCGCCAAUGAAGAAGAGGAGCAUGAUCUCUUCUGCGCCCUCCACGCCGUGGUUGACAGCCAACGCAUCGAAGUCGAGGCUGUGCCCUCGGAACUAGAGGCUCUUGUUACCAUCCUACGCACAUUCUGGCAUGGCUUAUGCUGGCACUGGCGUAUGGCACUUUGUGGUUUGGAGGACAGUGCUACUCGCUACGGUGGGUGGACGUACGACGCCUACUUACUCUCGCGCCACGCGCUGCCGGAUUUGGUGCGGUGUGCACGAGGCCGCGAGGUGGCACUGACGUUGGAAACGUGGCGGGAGGCCUACCGUGUGCGGCAGUGCGUGCUUGACUUCCUGGCGUACGCACUCCAUGAUGUGAACACCGUCAUGGAAUUCAGCAGUAAUGGUGAUCGCAAGUGUGAUGCGGCACCGCGAAUCAUUCCGACGGAGAUUGUGGAUAGUCUCUAUGACAUGGUGCAGCAUCUGCGCCGCCGCGACUUCGCCACUUGUCGGCAGCUGUACGUUGACCUUACAAUGGGUACGGCAAACUGGAAACUGGGCCUCUUCUCGGGUGGCGAAGUGCACAUGCGGCGCUCCUUGGAGCGGAUUGAGCGCCGCCGCAUCGCCCACCUGCUUCACAACGAGGGGGCCGUUCGUCUCUUGCACGCACUGCGGGAGUUGAUGGAUUUUGUGCAGCUGCACGAAGCCGCCCUGUUGUCUUCUGGUCUUUUUGUGACAGAAAGCAAAAUGUCGUAG